UGCGUAGUGCGGUUCGCUGCCUUGGCGACGACAAAUGGACGGAGCCGACAGCGACAUAGCCGCUCUGUCAAUGUUGCAUUUCGUAUGCUUGUUGGCUGGUGAAUGUUGAUGAACCUAAAUAGACUGUGCUGCAUUCUCGUGAAUUACAUGGGCUACUGGAAUUAUCCUGAUUAAAUUACUGUCUUGUCUCUGAUGGCCAGCUUUCCAUUAGUCUGUACUUAAAUUCCUUUGAAGGUGAUAGCGACAACGCCACCACUGACCUGUAGCACGGAGGAACAGGUCAGUCAGGAUAGUAGCCCUGAAAGUGGGACCCACCUAUCCAAUGUGAGUGGUUACUCAUUAGGAGAGGCUAUUGUCCAGAGAGCAAAGCAGGGCAAUGAUUCAGGGUCCCAGCUGCAGGCAGUAGGAGCAGAUAUCAGGGGAAUGACUUCAGUGUCUGUGUCCCAGUCACUACUGACUGGUGCACAGUGCCAACAGAGCUUUGAGGAGUUCCCCACCAUCGAGGAAGGGACGAUCACUGUGACUGAAGAAUCGAUGAGUAUGCAGAGGGACUUCAGGGAGCACCAACCCAGACUUGAGCUGCAGGGAAGCAGAUUGUCUUCAGCUCCUCAGUUUUUGAACUCCUACCCCAAUCAGAAGCAGGAAGAGGGAAAACUUUCCCACAUGAUCUUUCAUCUCUCUCCAAUGGAGUUUGCCCCUCUGAGGGGGAGCCCUGACUUAUCUGGAGUAUUGAGUGAGGGAUACACCAGAGGCUUCCAAGGCAGCAACUUCCAGGAGAUGGUAAUACCCGAACCGUCUGCACACUGUGAGAGAAGCAGCCCCUCUCUGUCACAGCACCUGCUUGGACACAGCAGCAGUGUGGACUCCCUGUCACAACAUUCCCUGACACCUCCUAGCCCAAGGUGGUCAGAGGCGACAGAAGAUGAAGACUUCACUCGAGCAGAGAAGUACAUUGGUGACCAGCGCUUCAUGGAGCUUCCUAGCAUCAUGCCAUCCAUCAAAAGUGAUGGAUGCCAGCCACCAUCAAGUGGAAUAGACAGACCCCCUCUCUUUGAACACAAGUUACCUCUGGUUGGAGAAUUGCCUGCUCCCCAAGUGCUGGAGGAGGCUGUUGAAAUUCCCAGCAGCUCUGGCUCCAAGAGAGCAGCCGAACUGAGUGGGCCCCUUAAUGAUGACCAGAGGAGCAGCUUGGUGGCUGCAGAGGUUGUUAAACACGGUAUUACAGCUCUUGAAAAGGAAUGGGAGCCGAAUGCCACUGAGCAGCCGCCCCUGAAUUCCGAAUCAGCUCUUGUUUCUCCAGAAGGCUCCAGCCCUGAGCACACCAUGCCACAUGAGCAGCCAACCCUGCCUGACCCCAGCACUGCCUGUCCAAAUCCUCUUGGAAGUGGGAACUUGGCUCCAUCAGACCCAGGCAGGCCCGAGGUUUCUCACACUUUGCUCUGUUCACAAGGGUGCCAGGUGAGCACGACCGGUCAAACAGCUAGCUCCGAAGCAGCAGGUUUGGAACAUCAACCAAAUCCCUCCUCUUUAUCUGCUCCAUCCAAUGGCUUCAUGUCAGGAGCUGGACCAGUGACUGCCUGCAUGGAGCCCACCACCUCAUCCUGUGGUAAGGUUGAUACUGUCAUUGAAGUCAAGGCCACAAGGAGUACAGACAGCAAGAGUGAUGGCACAGCACUGUCUAGCUACAGCAUAGAGCAGGAGCAGAAAGACAGCGAGCUCUCUCCCACUGUGUGCCCAGCAAAUGUCACCGAUUCCUCUUUCCUCACUUCUUUAGCUAACCCCGUCUGUCAGUCCACGCCAGCCGUUCCUUUGAAUGCAUCAGCCAAGGGCCUUGCUCAGUUGGGUCAGGCAAGGCGAGUGGCCAGUCGCCUCCUAGAAAGCCAGGCCCCUGCGGCUGGCAUCUCCAAGGUUUCAGUGGAACCCUCAUUUGGCAAGAAGGAUUUGAGCAAGGCCAGUCGAAACACUGCUGCCUCCUCCACCAGGCGGGCCUGCCCGGGUGUCCUGCAGUCCAUGCCUCCCCUGAGCUACAUGGAGAAAGUUGGGGCUUGGGACAUGCACCGUUGCCCAGGUGGCAAGCCAAACUUUGACAGCCUAGUGUUACAUGGCAUAAGAGGAGUGUCUCCCCGACAGAAGGCCUACAGUGCUGUUGCUGACUCUCUCAAUGACAUCCUGUCACGGAUCAAUGGGGCUCCGGUAUCCACCUCUCUGCCAAAGCGGCGUAUUGCAGCGACCUUUGGAAUUGCCCACCUGCAGGCUGACAACCAACAGAGUACCCAGAGAACUGGCCAGAGCACCAAUCAUUUAUCAGACACCGGCAGUGACCAUCCUGUCAGGCCUGAGAGCCCAGCAGGUUUGAGGAGGAUGUCACAACCAGUUGUGAGGAGAGGAAGCUUGGACGAUGCCCCUCUUGGUGAAGCUGACUCAUCACAUUGCCACCUGAACCCGGACGGAGUGGCUGGCAUUCACUCACUUGAGUCAGUCAGUGGCCUGGCUCAGUGCCUAUCAUCCCACCGCAGUGGAGCCAGCCCAUCGAUGCCGGAGGCCCGUCUCUCUUCCACCCCCACUGAGCAAAGGGAGAGCAGCAGCUCCAGGCAAACUGCAACAUCUCUUGGACAUGGUGCCACCUCACCUGGCCCUCACCCCUCAAGUGCCGCUGUCUGCCCUGAACGAUUUAGUGCUGCCUCUCCACAAGAUGAGCUCAACCUGCUGGGCAGCUCGCCGGAGAGCAGUCGGGCAGGUGUGUCAGGCCACUCGCUGACUAGCCUGGAAGUCGAUAACUACGUUCCCGUUUGGACGCCAUCACGGCUGACAUCAGACGCUAACCAAUUCAACGUGGAGGACAGGAUACCGAUCUAUCUUCACAAUCUGGGUAUUAACCGAUCUCCCAGCAGUAUACUGGGGUCUAGAGUGCCUUCAAGACAAGUGGAUUUUACUCUGAUGGAGCUGAAAAAAGAGAGGGAGUCAGAGGCAACCAAAGGAUUGCAAGAUGCAGAAGGGCUAUCUGCACUGGAUCCUGUUUCGCGCUGCAGUUUUAGUUCUGAUGGUCUGACCCACAGCACGUCCAUUCCAGAGCACUGUGACCGAGGGCCAGACACUCUAAUCAGUACUGACCUGUCACCAGGAGCUGCCCGGGAAGUUGUCACAGUAGACCCAGGCGGCAGCCAGUGCAGCUCCUCGCAUCCUCCCACCAGCAGGCGCCUGUACCUCUCCAACCAAUACCCAGCUCUCAUGAUGCCAGCCCUGGAGGACUCGGCCAGAGUAGAAAACCUAACCAGCCUUCAGCAGAAGGCACCACCAAGCCCGAGUUCUGAGUCUGUUUCCAGAAGUGUUGAAUGGCUUUUAAGUGAAUUUGAAAGUGCCCCCGAUGCUAUGGUCCGUGAUCCUGCACCAUUCUGUCCUUCCCACUCUGGAGGGGAGUUGCCUGCUUUAUCUCCCGCGGAGGCUGGUGUACAGAUGACCAGGGAGGGGGCGGAACCCAUCCCUCCUCUCACUGAGAGCAGGAUGCUCCCUUGCCCAUACCGUGACCACCUUCCAUGUUGCGAGGAUCAAUCCAUUGGGUUGAAGACCCUCAGGGAGAUCCGUGAGCUGCUGGGUGAUACGGCAGUGUCUGUGACCAGCCAGCAAGACUCCUUGUCUGCAGAGGUUCCUGCAGAGAGGCCGGGCUGUAGCGAGCAUGAGGCAGUGACCUUGUUGAAUGUAGGUGAUGGUGAAUUCUUAUCUCGGUGGGCAACCACAGUUGCACAGACCAAGAGCCCAUUGGGAGAGGGACCUGGGACAGGACUGGGUAAAGUCCACAAGACACCUGCCACGGUCUGGCAUACCAGCAGCAUCACUGAGCGACUGUCGGAGACAGGAGAGUGUGAAGAACCUCUUGGUAGACGAGCUGUAACUGCAGGUGGAGAAAAGUUGACACAGCCAGCUUCCACCAGCCAUGCAGGCAGAGCUGAACCUGAAGGGUGUAGCGGGGUGACUGCAGGCAGCUCAGGCACUGUGCCAUCAGGACAGGGCUCUGGAAACUCCUUGAGCCCCAACACACUGACUACCCCUGAACAGGCAGAACCAUCAGCAACCCCCCAACUCCCGAGUCAGCCCUGGGCACUCAUCAAAGACAGCAGGACAGGAGGAGACCAAGAGGAAGACAACACAAUGGACCCACUAGCUGCAAGGGUGGCUAAACUUCUCCAGGGCCAGAGAUCUACAAGACAAGAAAGUAAUUCCACCAAAGCAGGAAAUAAAGAAAAAGAUAGGACACAAGAUUGGGAGCAAAAGAAGCUGUUAAUGCAACCACCCGACCCACUCUGGAUCCUGGAUGAAGAGGACAGGCGGAGGAUUGAAGAAAUCAAAGCAGAAUUACUACAAGCAUCUAAGAAUCUCAAACAUUCUGAGGAUGGAUGCUCAGUGGAUGCUGAGGAUUUCUCUCUGCUGUCAGAUCAAGCGUUAUCUUUAGAUACUGGAGUGGAGGUCAAGCUGCCCACUCUCCCAUCUGCAGAGUUCCAAUCUGUUAACGUGGCACCAUGCCAGAUCUCCAGCCAGCUCCAAAAGCUUUCUGACAAUCAGCUUGGCCCCACUGUGCAGCUUCGGACUCCCCUGCGCAGGGACAUGGAUGAGCAGCUGAAAGCAGUGGCUCUGGACUGCCCCGUGAGUGAAUGUGUUGAAUCCUCCCCAUCCCAGCCAGCGAAGCCCAUCAUUGCUAUCACCUUCUCCUCGAGAAGGAAGACCCCUCCCGUCAGCUCCCAGCUCAGCACUCCCGUUCCAAAGGCGAGAGCCACUCAAAAGCACAGAGCCAUUGAGCCACAUGAUGAGGACUCUCCCUGCUUGGGUGGGCCAUCAAGAUAUCCCAUCAAUGUCUCCCUGCAGUCUGACCCCACGUUUGGUGAGGUACAAGGGGAAAGCCAGCAAAGUGACCUGGAGCAAAGGAAGCCCAAUGUUGGUGAGAGCAGUGUUGUUGAGCAGCCCCCGAUAGAGUCUGAAGUGCCCAGCCAUGGCAGCCCAGCAGCACUGAAUCCCAUAUGCAGCUCCCCAGAUCCCCACAGCUCCUCUCCUAACAGGACUGUGCUUUCGCACAUCCGGGUAACCCUGUCUCCCAAGCAGCCAGCAUCCUCCAAACCUCUUCUCAGUGACAUUCCUGUGUCAUCCCAACAUCUCCAUCUCUGCCCUGCAGACCCCCCUGCCACGGGAGAUUGGCCACAGUCGGCUCUUUGUUCACCUAAUCGCGACGCUUCUGACCAGUCCUGUCCCACUGCUUGGCAACCGGAUCCCCACGGACCACCGUACCCCCCUCUCCCCAUGCCCAUUCCACCCUUUUACCCCACCUUCCUGCCCUUGUUUGACUAUCCCUCUAAGAUCAGACCAGAACUGAGGAUUCAGACUGCGCAGGACAGCAACAAGGUGGAUGUGUCUACCCAGACGUUCGCACCACCACCAUUGGAGGCACCAAUUAUAGCUGCCCCAACCAGCGAGACAGGGGAGCAGGAGGUAUCGGUGCCAACACUGCCAGAUCUCAGAUCGGCGAUGACCACCAGCCACACCCAGGUUACUCCGGGAACAGAUGUUCCGGUCAUGUUGCCAUACAAACCUGCAGGUAGCACCAAGCUAUUCUACAUGCCGAAGCCAGGGGCACAGAGGCAAACUGCCCAGUUGGAUUCUGAGAGCAGCAGUGAAAGCUUGCGUACAGAUUCACCACGUGCCUCUCCCACUAGAGUCGUGACUGAAGACCGAGAAGCCAGGAGCUACUGCCAAUCCAGGAAGCUGAUGAAGCACCGAGAGAGAAUGUUGGGCAAAGCAGCAGCUCCAAAGAAGCCCAGGGAGGAGAAGGAGAAAAUGAGAUUGUUUGAAAGAGGUAUUCGGCGAUGCCAGAGCUCCCUCAUCCCUGGUGCAGCAGAUUUACCUUCGAGAAUGUUAUUGCAAGAUGCAGGCGAUGGUGACAUUUCCAACAGUGGUCCCCUCCAGCACAACCUCAGAAACUCCCUGGAGUCCCGGACCAGACACUCCCUACGUUACCCUGAGACAAGGCGGCGAACGUCGCAGCGGGAAUUGAGCAGCAGGGGCUCUCGAUUAUAUCCAACCGUCCGUCCAGCCCAGGGAAAUCGGGAGGAUGACUGGAGGCAUCCUGCCCCCCCGUGUGAGGAAUGGACAGAGGUGGCUGUCAGGGGACCCUGGCAGGAUAACUCUCAGAGUCAGCUUUGCCAAGGCGGUAAUGUGGCUGAUCAUGUAAGCCGCCGAGCAGAGGGACCCCAGGGUCAGCCCAGUGCCCGACAGGCAGCAAAGUACAGCAGCCUGGAUGAACUGUGGCAGAAGUUUAAGGAGAGGCACGAACAGUAUAAGAGCCUGGCAUCAAGCAGCGCCAGUGAGUUGUCCCUGCUGGAGCGUUUGGAUGAGCUAGCCCGGAUGCUAAAAAAUCCAAUACGCCACUCAGUCCUCAGUGCUGAGGGGAGGCCUGGGCGGUGCAGAAUGGGAGAGAGUGUGAGGAGACACACUGACUGGGAGAACCCAGCCAGGGAUCUGUCCGAUCUUGCUGCGUGUUCCCUUCCCCCCACACAGGCUGACAGGCCUGACUCCCUGGAGGAGAUCUCCACUGAACGCAUCAAGAAGAUCCUGGACCAUCGACAGUGUGGGGGUCUGCAGGGUGGCAGCUUGGCUGCUGCAUCCGCAACAGAGUCAGAUACUGCAGUUCCUGCUGAGACUGAGCCUCAGACACAGACCGAGACCGAGACCGGAAGCACUGUCUCGACCAUUGACACGGACCGUUUGAUCAGGGCCUUUGGGCCUGACCGUGUCACAGUCCAGCCUCUCUCCCGCUUAUAUGGCACAAUUGAGAGACAGAAAGAGAGUUCGACUCAGAGGAGAGGGAAACUGAGGAGGGCAGAGAGCAGGUGUCGAAGUGUUCCAGUUGACCAGCAUGUAUCCACAAGCAUGUCAGAUGCUUUGUCUGCUGACAGCCCCUCUGCCCCACUGUCUCGAGGACCUUCUAGCAAACUCAUCAACAAGAAGUGCACCAGGCUGGUCAACCAGGGGGUGCAGACAGAAUCUCCGGAGGGUGAUCCAAGCAUGACGGGAAGACAGACUCAUGAUGUAGGCGUGACCUAUCCUUCGCCAGAUUCAAACCCAACUCUGCUUCGACCAGCUACAGCGGGCAGUCACCGUCACCACUCGGUCUGUCCCACUGCCCGCUGCUCCUCCAGUGCCAGGGACAGGAAGAAGAGCAGCUCUCACACUGAAAGGAAACCUGGAAAAGCACGCAGGACAUCAGCUGGACCAGCCUGGUUCAUUCCUGCUGCAGAACUGAAGUGGAGCUCGAGAAAGGAGAAUGUUCCAGGACAGUGUCUCAGUCCACCUCCGAGCCAGUUUGAUUUGUGCCCAUCCUCCAGCUCCUGGAGGGAGCCCCUUCGUGAGAAGCAAUCGCAGCAGCAGUGGGCCACUGAGACUGUAAAUGGCUGGACCCUGAAACCUGCAGCGAAGAACCCUUCGCCAUUAAUCCGCCUCACCUUAAAAGAGGCUUUACACAUGAACAGACCAGAUUUUAUCUCCCAUUCUCGGCAACGAGUGAGGCGCCUGGAGUUACUGAUGGAAGAGAGGAAAAUACAGAGUAUCCUGCAGAGUGAGCGGGAGAAACUUUUUAACUUGCCUCAGGAGAGAGGCCGCAGAAGCAGGAAGGGCUCUACGCUGGCUGAUGCCAUUUUACUGAAGAAGAAAAUCCCAAAGAGGGAGAUGUUCGACAGGUCCAAGCGUCUAUACGAGCAGCUUCCUGAGGUCAUCAGGAGAAGAGAAGAGGAGAAACGCAGGGCAGAGUAUCAGACCAACAGAAUGAAGGCUCAACUGUACAAACAGAAGAUCACAAACCACGUUUUGGGAAGGAAGGUGUCCUGGCAGUGAGCCGUGCCUGGUCCUAGAAACGUCCUCCUUACUGUGAAGACUACUCGAAUGUAAAUAAAAAUAUAUCUAAGCUAAAAUGGUCAUAUCACUUGCAGCCACUUUGGUGUCGGUGUUAUAGAUGUUGAUGAUAACUUGAAGGCUUUUACUUUCGGGAUGUUUAUUUUAGCUACUCUCUUCCUUGACAAUUAAUGUAGGA